AAGCUCAGAUGUUUUUCCAUCUUUUUUAUGGCAAGUUUAUUUUGCUGUCAUUAUGAACUCCACAGCAAACAGCAGUCUAGGCAACACAUUUAUUUCAAAAGCAAUAAAAGAGAAGUCUUUGACGGUGCAGGUGCUGGUCGGUAUUCUUCUGUAUGUAAACGGACUGAUGAUUUUCACCUUUCUGAAGAAGGAGACCUUCAGGGACACACGCUACAUUCUGUUUGCUCAGACUCUUUUUGUUGACUCUGCUAUUAUGCUAUUUGCUGAUUUAACCCUUGUAGGUUCGGCUUACCAAUUGUUCAUUCACAUUAUUUUUUGCUACAUCUUCUGUACAGUCAUGGGUUGGCUCAGUAUUUGUUCACCUGUGACUCUUGUAGCCAUGUGUUUGGAGCGCUAUGUGGCCAUAUGUUUGCCUUUAAGACAUGCCAGUAUCUCCACUCCCAAAAACACCAUCAAUGGGCUUCUCAUCGUAUGGGGUGUCAGUGGUGUCGUCCCAGUGAUUAUUUUUAUUAUCGCAUUCGCUUAUACUCCUACUAACGCCAUGAACUCUUAUGUUGUGUGUAGCAUUGAGGUCAUGUUUCAAGUGAAAUGGUUGGCAGACAUGAGAGCAGCAAGUCAUCAGUUGUUGUGUGUCAUAACAUUGUUUAUCGUUGCCUCCACCUACAUCAAGAUUAUGGUUGCGGCCAAAUCAGCCUCAGCCGAGAACAAGAAGUCAACAUAUAAGGGUCUCAGAACUGUUAUUCUCCAUGGCCUUCAGCUGAUUCUGGGUAUGAUGCAGCUUAUAACACCGUAUAUUGAUAUUCUAACAUUGAAAGUAGAUAUUAUGCUGUUUAUUAAUGUAAAAUUCUCAAAUUUCAUGUUGUUUUGGAUCUUGCCCCGUUGUUUGAGUCCCUUAGUUUAUGGAUUACGAGACAAAAAGUUUUAUAAUGCUCUUAAAUAUUAUGCCUUUUGUGGCAUUUAUGUUUAUAAAAAGCACAAAAUAAAAGAUAGUAAAACUAUUGGAGGUGCUUUGAGCAUUUCCAUACACAAUUAAACCUUACACAACGUAUAGUUUGUUACUUCAUUAGAAUAAACAGCACAAAUGUUUAGCAUUGAUUUUACAUUCAUAUGCAUGGCUAGAUGUAAUUUAUUUUAUUAAUUAUGUGUUUAUUAAUCUAUCUGUCUAUAACUGUUCACAUCAAAUUAAAUUUACAGAAGUGAUUAAAUAAAUAUAAAAAGCAUGUUAUCUGAAAAUAAAGUAUGAAAAUAAUGUUUCAAAUAACUUUUGUGAAAGUAACAUGUCAAAUAUAUGGGUAAAGUCA